CAGAGGCCUCCGACAAAAAAAACAAUGGCAGCGCAUUGGCCAGCUGGCCAAACAAACGUGUGUGCACUGACACGGAUAUGUGAGAGUUUUGAAACAACUUGGCACAAGCUCGACUGCCUUCGAGACCAGUACAACGUCUACUGGGGCUCUUACUGGAACGUGGUUGGAGGAGGAGGAGUCCGUUAACUGGAUCGUCCACCUCCUCCUCCUCCUCCUCCUCCUCUUCAUUAUCCUCCAGAAAAAAGCCUGCAGCCCUCUACAUGACAGGUGGACUCCUGCGUUUGUAUGCAGAGGGAGCUGAUGCAUCAGCAGCAGCAGCAGCGGAUCUGAAGAGAAAAACUCAUGACUGGUCCCAAAAUGAAGGGAAGAACGGUUCUUCUCGUCAGUCUCAUCAUAGCAGCAUAUUCCUAUGGCAUCGCUGCUCAGAAAUCAGAGUGUGAAAAUGCUGCUCUGGCCGACAUCGUCUUCCUUUUCGAUGGCUCCUCCAGCAUUACCUCUCAAAACUUUAAUGAGUACCGGCAUUAUCUCCGCAACAUCAUCAGGGCUCUCGACAUUGGCCCCAACAAAGUUCGGAUCGGCUUGGCACAGUACAGUGACGAUUUUCACCAGGAGUUCCUGCUAAAAGAUCACAUGGACAGGAAAUCACUGCUGGCCGCAGUAGAAGCAUUUUCUCAACAUGGAGGGGGGAAGAAAACAGGUCAGGCCAUCAAUUUCCUCAAGACAAACUACUUCACCAAAGAGGCGGGCAGCCGGAUCGGCCAACGGGUGCCUCAGAUUGCUGUGGUCAUCACAGAUGGGGAGUCCACAGACGAUGUGGUUGCACCUGCCCGGGACCUGAGGAGGCACGGAGUCUUUGUGUUUGCCAUCGGGGUGGGACGAGUCCACCAUAAGCAGCUUGUGUCCAUUGCCAACUGGCCCCCAGAGCGCUUCCACCUCACCUCUCAAAGCUACCAGUCUCCUGAGGAUCUAUCGCGGAAUCUGCUGAAAAGUCUUUGCCUCUCCAUGGAGGAGCAGAAGAAAGCUUUGGCGGACAGGUUUGCAGAUAUUUUCUUCUUGGUGGACAGUGGAAUAACUCAAUCAUACUUCUCCAUGUUUAAGUCAGACCUUAACAAAUUGAUCAAUCAGCUCAACGUUGGAGUAUUAACCUACCGCAUUGGUUUGGCUCAGUAUGAUCAAGAUACCAAGGUUGAAUUCCUUCUCAAUGCUCAUCCAAACAAGCAGGAUACCCUGGGCGCUGUCCGACGGUUCCGCCUGCGCCCGCAACCCCACAGAUCACGUCAUCUGGGCAACGCUCUGCAGUACGCCAGCGCUCACUUUUUCACCCCUGAGGCGGGUGGCCGUGCACACCUGGGCUCCCGACAGUUCCUCGUUGUUGUGACUGGAAGAGAGUCAGAUGAUCAUGUGUCUAGGAUAGCUCAAAAGAUCAAGUCAGAAGGGAUAACUAUUGUGGGGAUGAGUGCAGGUGCAUCAAAGGCGGCAUUAGAACGUUUUGCCAGUGAUGGCUAUGCAUUUUUAUCUUUCAAACUAACUCUCCUCAAGGAUUCUUUCAUGACUGAGAGAGAGGACAGUAUUAUUACAGAUUGCAAAGGAGCCAAUGUGGCAGACAUUGUGUUCAUCAUUGAUGAGUCGGGAACCAUUGGAACCGACAACUUCCAGCUGAUAGUGAAAUUCCUGGACUCAUUUGUCAGUGACCUGGAUGUCAAGCCGACCAGGGUCCGAGUAGGCAUUGUUACGUACAGCAGCAGGCCCAUAGCACGCGUCUACCUUGACACGUUCAAAGACAAGGCUGAACUCCUGCAGUACAUCAAAAUCCUUCCUUACAGUGAAGGUGGUAGAGUCACUGGCGCUGCCCUAAACUUCACACGGGACGAAAUCUUCAUUGAAACAAAGGGCAGCAGGAAAGCUGUUCAGCAGGCGGUGGUGGUGAUCACAGACGGUAAAUCCGAGGAUACUGUGUGGGAAGCGGCAACCAGUCUCCGACGGCAUGGAGUCACCAUUUACGCUGUAGGAUUGGAUACCAACAAAGCUGAACUAGAGAUGAUGGCAUCUCACCCCCAUUAUAAACAUGUUUUUACCAUAGAAAGUUUCAACAAGCUGAAGCCCCUGAAGCGGGACCUGCAGAGAUUCCUGUGCAGUAACUUAAUUGAACAAGCGAUCAAUUUCAAUAAAUGGACAAUCGACAUCAAAGAAGCGUGUGCACAAAAGGAAGAAGCAGAUAUCUACUUCUUGAUCGACGACUCAGAAAGCAUUGGUGACCAAGACUUCGAAGACAUGAAGACUUUCAUCAUUGAGUUUUUUCACAUCUUCCAAAUUGGACCAAACAAUAUACGUGUGGGGCUUGUGAAAUACUCAGAUGAUAUAACUUUGGAAUUUGACCUGACAAUUUACUCGGAUGCUAAAAGGCUGGAGGCGGCCGUGAAGGGUUUAAGGCAUGAGAAGGGUGGGACAAAGACAGGAGCUGCGCUAUCAUUCAUGAGCGGUCGCUUUAAGAAAGGACUGGAAACUCGUGGUAAAAAAGUCCCAAAUUACCUGAUUGUCAUCACAGAUGGGAAAUCCAACGAUGAUGUCAGGGUUUCUGCAAAAGAAUUAAGGGGACAAGAUAUCAUCAUCUAUGCCAUCGGAGUGAAAGAUUCAGAGAAGAAUGAGCUGAUAGAAAUUGCCGGCGAUACCGGGAAGACUUUCUAUGUCAGUGAUUUUGAUGCCUUGCAAUCCAUCAAAAAUGAAAUCUUUAGAGAAAUCUGUUAUCCAUAUGCUUGCAGAGACGUACCACUCGACAUUUUUUUCUUGGUUGACAGCUCUGAGAGCAUCCCCACGGAAGGCUACCAGGAAAUAAAAAAUUUCAUGAAAUCUUUUAUUAGCAAACAAGCCAUUCUGGAGAACUACGUGAACAUUGGUGUCAUGCAGUUCAGUACUAAUCAAAACUUGACGUUUCACCUCAGCCAAUACCGCAAAACAAAUGAAAUGUUAAAAGCCAUCGAUGCUAUGGUGCAAAUGAGUGAAGGCACUCAUACAGGAGAGGCCCUCAAAGUGGUGUCACAGUAUUUUGAUGCAGCCAGAGGAGGGCGUCCUCAUAUCGUUCAGAGCCUGGUAGUGAUAACAGAUGGCGAAGCCAAGGAUGAUGUCGUUGGCCCUACUGCAGCUCUUACAAAUAAGGGAGUGGAUAUCUACGCCAUUGGAGUGGGGGAAGCUAAAAGGAACCACCUGAUAGAGCUCAGUGGUUCAACAGACAGGGUCUUUUAUGUGAAUAAGUAUGAACGUAUCAAGGAUUUGGAGAACAAGUUGAUCUUUGCACUCUGCCCUACAGAUUGUAAGCUGAUUAACAGAGCUGACAUUAUUUUCCUUGUGGACAGCUCCAGAAGCACAUUUUCAGAGUUUGAAAACACGAAGAAUUUUAUGAAAUCAGUUGUGAACAAAAGCAAAUUUGGCAAGGACUUCACUCGUUUUGGGGUCCUUGUCUACUCCAAUGGCCUGAAGUCCAUUUUUACUCUUAAAGACUAUUACUCCAAACAACCUAUUCUCAACGAAAUUACAAAUAUUGAGUUACAAAACGGAGAGACCUACACUGGCCUUGCCUUGGAAUACACGAAAUUUUUCUUUAGUGCUGAAUAUGGCGGCCGAAAAGAACUCAUGGUGCCUCAGAUUCUCAUCGUGAUCACAGACGGGGGAGCCACCGACCCUGGAGAUCUGAAGCCUGCAUUUGAUGAACUGCGUGAAAAAGGGGUCGCUGUCUUCAGUGUUGGAACGGAGGAGGCAAUCGAGGAACAGCUUGAAACCAUGGCCAGUGGCAUCAAAUCCAGAGUUUUCAAAGUGGACAAUUUUGCGGACCCAAAAACAUGGGCCAAGAUAACUUAUGAUGUCUGCAGUUUUGCUAACAGAGUUUGUCUGAAAGAGAAGGCUGAUGUGGUCUUUCUACUUGAUGAGUCUGGCAGCAUCACCUCAGAGAAUUACAUGACUAUGAAAAAUUUCACUAUGGAACUAGUGAAGAGCAUUAACAUAGGUGAAGAGUUCUGGCAUGUGGGACUUUUACAGUUCAGUCAAGAUCCUAAGGAUGAGUUUUACCUCAACCGGUACUUGAAGAAGGAGGAUAUGAUCGCACACAUCAACAGAAUGGAUCAAACGGGUGGAGAAACAUAUAUUGGAAAGGCCUUGGAUCACACUAGCAAGUACUUCAUGGCUUCACAGGGUAGCCGUACAUCUGACCAGAUCCCCAAGACUCUGGUGUUGGUCACAGAUGGCGAUUCUCAAGAUGACGUGGAGGACGCGGCCAAACAUCUCAGGGACAGCGGGGUUGAGGUGAUUGUCAUCGGCGUUGGAGACGUCCAUGACCUGGUGCUCCUGCAGAUCUCUGGCACCCCAGAGAGGCUGUUCAAUGUGCGUGACUUCAAGAACUUGAUAAAGAUCAAGCAAAAGUUGGUCGAAACCAUGUGUAAAACUGAGCCAAGCCUUGGCUGUUCCAUUGAUAUCGUCAUGGGAUUUGAUAUUUCUCAAAGAUUCAGAGCUCCUGGUGAUACGCUGACCAGUGGCCACCCCAAGCUCCAAAAACUCCUGCCAGAGAUUGCCCAUUAUAUUUCCUCAUUCAAAACCCUUUGCUGCGUCCCCCCCAAUUAUGUCAACACCAGAAUCGCCUACCAAGUGGUAAGUCAUGAUGGACGUUAUUUGUAUGACGCAGACUUUGAAGGGUACAGCGAAGAAAUUUUGAGGAAAGUCAUGAACCAUCUGAUUAUGGAGCCUACCUACUUCAACUCCGCCCUGCUGAAAGCCUCCCAACAGACAUUCAGGACCAAGUCCCAGGGCAAUGUGAAGGUGCUGUUGAUCUUCUCAGACGGACUCGACGAAGACGUAAAGUCACUGAAGGUCGCUUCAGAGGAUCUGCGACAGUCUGGCGUCAGCGCUUUGCUGACUGUGGCUUUGGAGGGAGUGCGUGACCCCACCCAGCUGCAGGGGGUGGAGUUUGGCCGAGGAUUCGACUACCAACUUCCCCUGAGCAUCGGCAUGCCGAGUGUCGGCAGCACUGUCCUCAAACACAUUAACGAUGUUUCAGAUAAGGAGUGCUGCGACGUCACGUGCAAAUGUACAGGUCAUGAAGGCCCUCGCGGUUCUCCAGGCACACAGGGGCAAAAGGGUCAGUCUGGACAGAAGGGUCAUCAUGGUUUCCUUGGAGAGGAGGGACUCAUUGGCGAGCGAGGGCUUCCUGGACCAAUUGGACAUCAGGGCAUCCAGGGCUGCCCUGGAGUCAGAGGACUGAAGGGCCACCGAGGUCACUGGGGCCAAAGGGGUGGUAAUGGAGAAGAUGGACUGGACGGAGUCGUCGGAGAGCAGGGAAUGACAGGACUAGACGGAGCUCGAGGAGAGAAAGGAAACCCAGGAAACUCAGGUGUUCCAGGUAUCAGAGGGGAGCCGGGGCUGAAAGGACAGCGAGGACUGAGAGGAGAUCCGGGUGAAUCCGGCACUGACAACACCACUCCAGGAGCCCCAGGAGAAGCCGGCUACCCAGGUUUACCGGGUGAAGAGGGACCAAAUGGGCGGCCGGGUGUGGCAGGGCUUGCUGGACACUCGGGUCCAGAAGGAAGAAGAGGCCCUCCUGGUCAGAAGGGUGAAUCCGGUAAAUCAGGAGCUAAAGGACUCGAGGGCAACCCAGGCGAUGCUGGUAGACAGGGAAAAAGAGGGGACAAAGGUGACAGAGGACCGAAAGGAAUCUCUGGAUUUCCUGGACCUCAGGGUGGACAUGGGUCACCUGGAAACCCGGGAAUUGAUGGACGUCGCGGCCAUAACGGACAGAAGGGUCAACCAGGAGAGCUGGGGAUAAAAGGUUCUCCAGGAUCAAAGGGUUCCAGAGGGAUACCGGGUCAGGAUGGUAGAGACGGUCAUGGACCUCCAGGUACCAAAGGUGCAAAGGGUGAUCCUGGUUUUCCUGGAUACCCUGGUCAAGUGGGUGAGAUAGGUCUGAAUGGAGCCAAAGGAUAUCCAGGACACAGAGGGAACCAAGGUCGAGGGGGAAGCUCAGGCAGGUCAGGAAAAACAGGCGAGCCUGGAGACCCGGGAAAUCCGGGACACAGGGGUCUCCAAGGUCCCCGUGGGGGAAAAGACUUAUCUGAGUGUGAGCUGAUCACCUUAAUCAGAGACAACUGUGCAUGUUCUUCUGGUCAAUCAAUGUGCCCAGCCUACCCCACCGAGCUGGUGUUUGGUCUGGACAUGUCAAAGGAUGUGACCCCCGUCGCUUUUGAGAGGCAGCGUACCGCUCUCCUCUCUUUGCUGGAGGACAUCACCAUCGCUGAGAGCAACUGUCCAACAGGUGCCCGGGUUGCUGUGGUGGCAUACAGCACAGACACCAAGUUACUGAUCCGCUUCCACGAUUACCGCACAAAGAAACAACUGAUCGAAUCCGUGAAAAACAUCUCCCUGAAGAAGAUGUCCGACCAACGCGACCUAGGGACCGCCAUGCUCUUUGUGGGCCGGAAUGUCUUCAAACGUGGUCGAGCAGGAUUUAAGAUUAUGAAGGUGGCGGUCUUUUUCUCCAAUGGGCCAUCCCACGAAAUAUCCAACAUUGUUACUGCCAUGAUGGAGUACAAUGCUCUUAACAUUGGAUUGGCAGUCAUCUCUCUGCGAAAUGCUCAUGACAUUGGUCAAGCAAUUGAGGUUGAUGAGUCAGGGCGCUCCCUCUACAUAGUGCUGGGGAGAAACAUGGCUGCUGACUUGAGGAAGAUCAAGAACUGUGUGAUCUGUUAUGACCCCUGCAUCCAUACAGAGGAGUGUGCCUUCGUCCAGCACAAGCGUGCGCCUCAGGAGGUCGAUGUGGACCUGGUCAUGGUGGUGGACAGCUCCAGGGAGAUUCAGUCUGACGAGUACGCGGGCAUCCAGCAGCUGCUGGGCUCUGUGGUGGAACAGCUGGCUGUGAGUUCAAAGCCCCACCGAGCCGGCCACCAGGCCCGGGUGGCUCUGGUUCAGCAGGCCAAGGUUCCCAAGGUGGAGUUUCACCUGCAGACCUACCAUAACCACAGUGUGAUGAAGAGGCACAUGAUCCAGAACAUGAGGCAACAGGGCGGCUCAUCUGCACUGGGACACACGCUGGAGUUCACCCUGAAGGAGGUGUUCCUGAAGGCCAGCCAGCCCCGGAAGAGGAGGGUGCUGCUGGCCGUGGUGGCCACCCAGACGGCUUCGGCGGACUUGCACAGGCUGCAGCACAUCUCUAAGAUGGCCCAUUGUGAGGGAGUGGCGCUGUUUGUGGUGGCCGUAGGUGACGGCUACAGCCAGACGGAGGUGGUGAAGCUGGCCAGUCAGCCCUUACAGCAGCACCUGAUCCACGUCAGCAGACUGAGGGCCGACGAGCAGGGCUACGUCAGGCGCUUCUUCAGAGUCUUCCUCUCUGCCCUCAACAAGGGAAUCAACGAGUAUCCACCUCCUCCUUUAAAACAGACCUGCGCCCUGCUGCCACCUCUAGACAGAGAACUGAUAAUCCUAGAAAGUGAGGGGUCGGCAGACCACGUGGACGUGAUUGCAGAUGAGGUGGUGGAGAGCUUUCAGGCACAGACGGGACGGGAGGCUCAAACCGCACAGCUGCAUGUCGGCGACAAUUUGACCAGCCAGACUUCGCUCUCAGGACCUGACCGCGAAGGUCUGGACAUCCUGCUAAGUCCACAGCUGGACAGCCUUGUCUCCAAAGAUGCUUGUUUGCUCAGGAGCGACCCCGGCAGCUGCGAGAACUACAUCGUAAUGUGGUUCUUUGACAACGAGAAGGGUAGCUGUACUCGCUUCUGGUACGGCGGCUGCGGCGGCAACCAGAACCGCUUCAAAACGCAGGAGGACUGCGAGAACCUCUGUCUGACGAAGACACCAGAAUGAAGUCGAGAUUUCACAAGAGGUGUGGUUGAAGAAAACCACCAUUCUGGUCCAAACAGCCAUCAGUUCAAAGCUGAGUCUUCUCUGUUACAACUGAACUGAAAAAUCAAGAAGUUUGAAAGUGGGAAAGUGGGAAAUGUUCCGAAACUCGGCCCUUUGUCAGGUUUUUUUUUUUGACAUGUAUGUUUUGUUUUUCCCAAAACCGAGCAAGUUAUUUUUGUGGAUUGGAGUUUUUUUUUGUUUUUUUGUUUUUUUUUUGCAGUUGAAAACUUUCUGUUGGAUGUUGAUUCCACCAUCCAUCUGACUCGACAGAGACUUGAGCUGUGAAUGCUUCUUUCGGGAUUUUUUAUUUUCACUUUAUUUUUUAAAUUGGUUUAAAAGAUCAGGUGCUAUUAGAUAUUUUGUACACGUUAAAAUUUAAAGCAUUGAAAUUACUCCAAAACUCAACAUUGUCUGUCACUGUCUACCCCUAUCUACAGUAUAUAUGCCACAAAAAAUAGCAGUUGGGAGAGAUGCAACCUAAACAGGUGGCUGAUGUGAUGAUGUAAAGGUGUGGUGCUCUGUCAGUCUCUCAGCGCCAAAAAUUUUAAAAAACCAUUUACAGAAAAUAAAGGAAUGACUUUUCAGUCUGGCUUCUUCAGUGUUUCCUGAUCUUUUUGGCCUUUGACCCCUUCAAAUGAAAGACUACCCAAUGUUGACCCUUCAUCCCGGGUUAUGGCCUUAGUCCAGGUUGGGAUUUGUUUCAUUUGAAGGAUUUUCAGUUUUGUUUUUCUUUUUUUCUGUGUCCUUUAAAUGAUCCGGUUACCCCUUGGGGUUUCAUGAACCACUGCUCUAGCCGGAGCAUUUUUUUGUUUUUGGUUUGUUUUUGUUUUUUUGCCCACUUCUCCCUGAGACGGUUGGCUAAUUGAUGUCGGUCCUGUGCACCUCUGCGUGGAGUUUUGGAUAUUUGUGUAUAUUGUUGACGCAUGCGGUGUUUUCAGAUGAAGGUCACAAGACGGAAAUGUCAUGCUUUCUUUUGAGGAUUGCGUGGCCUGAGGGGAGACUUGAGCUCUCGUUAGGUUUCGUCCAAUUCGGUGAGUUAAAGGGUCGUGUUCGAGAUAGCCGGUCCUCCCUGCAUGUGAGUAGGAAGAACUAAAACUCUUGAUGCUUCACCUAAGUGUUGAUUACACUGCAUCAGGCUAAAGACAGUGUAAUCCAGUAAUAUACGGCAGACUUAAAAUGACGUGUAACCGAAGUGGCAGCUUUCAGCAGAGCCAAGCAGUACUCCCCUUCUGCCACAAGGUGGCGUCAAAUAGCUUGAUUAGAAGUCCCCCAACCUGAGCUCAGUCUGCUGCAGGUCUCCUCCCGGUGGAGGAGGGUAUGCAGACAGCCAGGCGAUAAUAUUCCAUAAUCUUACUACAGCGGAGUUUUGACACUGCACGGUUAUUUCAGAGCCACUUCACUGGCUGAGCUCAAUGUUUUUUGAAAAGCUGCCGUGAUGUCUGUGUAAAACGGUUGAACGUAACUAAGUACAUUUACUCAAGUGCUGUGCUUAAAUACUAAUUCGAGGUACUCGCACUUUACUUGAGAUGUUCAAUUCUAGGAUUUUACUUGUUGCUUCUGCUCCAUUUUACACACAUUUAAAUUUUUCAGCCGGAAAUAUUGUACUUUUUACUCGACAGCUGUAGUUACUUUACAAAUAAAGAUUUUGCUCACACAACACAUGAAGCUUAUAAAAGGACGCUGUGUUAUAGAGCAAACUGCCCGACAGUAUGUGCAUGUACAGCUGCAACAGUUCAUCGAUUUAUCAGUUAGUCGACUGACAGGAAAUUAUCUGGAAACCAUUUUGAUAAAUAUUCAUGUAAGAAUACCAAACAUUUUAUGUUUUCAGCUUUUCGGAUGUGACUAAUUCCUGCUUUUCCUUUUGAAUUUAUUUUUAAUAAUUUUGAG